AAUCAAGAACUUCCACAUAAGGGUCGAAAAGAAGAGGAAGUUGCAGAUAAAGUUCCAUACUACAAGCUGUUCUCCUUCGCUGAUCGUGCUGACCAUCUCCUAAUGCUUGUUGGUACAGUCGCAGCAGUUGGAAGUGGGAUUUGCUUGCCUCUUAUGCAAGUGAUAUUGGGAGAGAUGAUCAACUCGUUUGGUGAGACACUGGAUAGAAAGCAAGUUGUGCAUGAAGUAUCAAAGGUAUCUUCAAAGUAUGUGUACUUGGCUCUGGGGUCUGGAGUAGCAUCGUUCUUGCAGGUAGCUUGCUGGAAUAUCACAGGAGAGAGGCAGGCUGCUCGGAUAAGAAGCUUAUACCUGCGAUCUUUAUUAAUGCAAGAUAUUGCAUUUUUUGAUAAAGAAAUUAGUACAGGAGAGAUAAUUGAGAGGAUAUCCGUUGAUACUAUUACUAUCCAAGAUGCCAUUGGUGAAAAGGUUGGAAAAUUCAUACAGGUGUCUGCUUCUGUUUUCGGAGGCUUUAUCAUAGCUUUUAUCAAGGGAUGGCUACUCUCCUUGGUCUUGUUAUCUUCAAUUCCGCCACUCAUCCUUGCGUCCUCUGCGAUGACUAUCCAACUGGCAAAGCGAGCAUCUCAAGGACAAGCAGCCUAUUCAGUAGCAGCAACAGUGGUUGAACAGACUCUCAGCUCAAUUAGAACAAUUGCAGCUUUUACAGGGGAGAAGAAAGCUAUUGUCGAAUAUGGCAAUUCCCUAAAUAAAGCAUACAAAUCAGGAGUGCAAGAGGGCUUGGCAGCUGGCUUGGGUUUUGGUCUUUUUACAUUCUUUUCCUACUGCACUUAUGCCUUGGCUAUAUGGUUUGGAGCCAAAAUGAUAUCUGAGAAAGACUAUUCUGGAGGAGAUGUCCUGAAUGUAACACUUGCUGUGUUAUCCGGAUCCUUUUCCGUUGGGCAUGCAUCCCCUUGCUUGAGUGCAUUUGCAUCCGGACAAGCUGCAGGUUUUAAAAUAUUUCAGAUAAUGAAGAGAAAGCCAGGUAUCAGUCCUUACAAUUCAGAUGGACUGAAAUUGGAUAAUAUGUCUGGCACUAUAGAAUUGAAAGAUGUCUAUUUCAGUUAUCCAGCAAGGGUACAUGAACAGAUAUUCAGAGGAUUUUCUCUCUUGAUACCAAGUGGAACAACUACAGCAUUGGUUGGACGAAGUGGAAGUGGAAAAUCAACCGUUCUAAGCCUUAUCGAGAGGUUUUAUGAUCCUCAAGCAGGCGAGGUUCUGAUAGAUGGAGUUAAUAUCAAGGAAUUUCAACUUAAGUGGAUAAGAAGCAAAAUUGGUCUUGUCAGCCAGGAACCUGUAUUGUUUGCCUCUAGCAUUGGGGAUAAUAUAGCAUAUGGGAAGGAUAACGCGAGUCUUGAAGAGAUCAAAUCUGCUGCAGAACAUGCCAAUGCUGCAAAGUUCAUUGACAAAUUACCUCAGGGACUAGACACAAUGGUUGGUUUGCAUGGAAUUCAGAUGUCAGGGGGACAAAAGCAGAGAAUUGCCAUAGCAAGAGCAAUUCUGAAAGACCCCAGAAUUCUACUUCUGGAUGAAGCAACAAGUGCUCUUGAUGCAGAAUCUGAGAGGAUUGUGCAACAAGCUUUGGAUGGGGUCAUGGUCAACCGAACAACCGUUGUUGUGGCACAUCGUUUGAGCACAGUGAAGAAUGCAGAUAAGAUUGCUGUUACUGAUCAAGGAAAGAUUGUUGAAAAAGGUUCGCAUGCUGAGCUACUACAAGAUCCUGAAGGAGCAUACUCCCAGCUCAUACGGUUACAACAGCUUAGCAAAGAAUCAUAUGACCAUGUUGUGGAUAAUCAUGAUGGUUCAGAGAUUGAAGUAGAUUCUGGAAGACAUUCGAGCCAGAGAAUUUCCUCCCUAAAAUCCAUAAGCCAGUGCUCAUCUGCAGUUGGUAACAGUAGCCGUCACUCAUUCUCCAUUUCAAUUAGUCUGCCUGCCGUUGUCAGCAUGCAAGAAACAGCACUGGGAAAAUCCCAAGAACCAGUUUUGAUGCCAUCAAAUAUGGACCAACAAGUUCCACUUUACAGCUUGGCCUAUCUUAACAAACCAGAAAUUCCACAAUUAUUGCUUGGUUCCUUAGCAGCUGUUGUUGCUGGAGCAAUUUUACCAAUUUUUGGGGUAAUUCUCUCAAGAGCAAUCAAGACAUUCUAUGAGCCUCCUCAUGAACUUCAUAAUAAUUCAAGAUUCUGGGCAUUAAUGCUAGUAGUUCUUGGGGUGUCUGCUUUGUUGGCAACACCAUUAAAAACAUACUAUUUUGCUGUGGCAGGAUGUAAGCUAAUCAGACGUAUUCGAUUGAAGUGCUUUGAGAAAAUAGUUCAUAUGGACAUAAGUUGGUUUGACAGGCAGGAGAAUUCAAGCGGUAGAAUUAGCUCCCGGCUUUCAAUUGAUGCAACAUCUGUGAGAAGUCUAGUUGGCGAAUCACUUUCCUUGCUUGUUCAGAAUAGUGCAACAGCUUUCGCAGGCCUACUUUUCGGUUUUGCAGCAAGCUGGCGGUUAUCUCUCAUAGUAAUAGUCACGUUGCCAUUGAUUGGCCUUAAUGGAUAUAUGCACUUGAAAUCAUUAAGUGGAUUUGGUGCUGAUGCAAAGAAGUUGUACGAGAAAGCCACUCAGGUAGCCAGUGAUGCAGUUGGAAGUAUUCGGACAGUUGCAUCCUUUUCUGCUGAGGAUAAGGUGAUAUUCCUGUAUGAGAAGAAAUGCAAAGGCCCCGUGACAAUAGGAAUAAAACAAGGAUUGUAUGGUGCUGUAGGAUAUGGUUUGUCCAUGUUCUUCUUUUACUCUGUUUAUGCAAUCAUUUUCUACACUGGAGCUCGGCUUAUUAAGGCUGGGGAGACAACAUUUAGUGAGGUUUUCCAGGUUUUUUAUGGCUUGAGCAUGGCUGCCGUUAGUAUAUCUCAAUCAGGCAUGCUUAGUCCGGACUUCAGCAAAGCAAGAAGUGGUGCUGCUUCCAUCUUUGCACUGCUUGACCUGAAUUCACCUAUCGACUCGAGCAAAACCACAGGAAUUACUAUGGACAAUGUGAAGGGAGACAUAGUAUUACAGCAUGUCAGCUUCAAAUAUCCAAGUAGACCUGAAGUUCAGAUUUUUAAAGAUCUUUGUUUGGCUGUUGAGUAUUGCCAGACACUUGCUCUGGUCGGAGAAAGUGGAAGUGGAAAAUCUACCGUCAUUUCGUUGCUGCAAAGAUUUUAUGAUCCUGAUUCUGGCAAAAUCACACUAGACGGAGUGGAACUGCAAAGUCUGAAUUUGAAAUGGUUAAGGCAGCAGAUGGGAUUAGUAAGUCAGGAACCUGUUUUAUUUAAUGGCACAAUCCGUGCUAACAUUGCAUAUGGCAAAGAAGGUAGUGCCGCAGAAGCUGAAAUCAUAUCUGCAGCAGAAAAAGCAAAUGCUCACAAUUUUAUCAGCAGUUUACAACAGGGUUAUGACACAAUAGUAGGUGAAAGAGGGACACAAUUAUCAGGUGGACAGAAGCAAAGAGUGGCGAUUGCCCGAGCAAUUAUAAAGUCCCCCAAGAUCUUACUUCUUGAUGAGGCCACUAGUGCUCUUGAUGCUGAAUCUGAGAAAGUAGUUCAAGAUGCAUUGGUUCAAGCUAUGGUUGGGAAAACCACAAUAGUGGUGGCGCAUAGGCUCUCCACAAUCAAGGGGGCAGACUUGAUAGCAGUUGUUAAAAAUGGAGUGAUUCAAGAGCAAGGAAGCCAUGAAAGCUUGAUUAGUAUGAAAGAUGGCAUCUAUGCUUCUCUUGUAGAACAAUAUUCCAGUGCUCCAUCAACAUGA